AUGUCCUUCUCCUCCGGGCGACCAGAUGUCUGGUCACGCCAAUGUCACUCAGAACUCUGGACAAUCUCAGGGACAUCACAUGUUGCCCUUCAGGGUCGCGGUCCAUGGUACAAGAACGCUAGCAAAAAAGAUAUCAAAUGCAGUUGGCUCAAACAUCCGAAGUCAGCACCUCCAAAGACUACAGUUACAAUGACUGACUUAUAUCCCCCAAGGCAACAAGAGUACAGGGCUCUUAAGAGGACUGUCACAGCAGACGACAGAUCAUUUCUAUAUAACUGCCUAGGGCAGUUAGGGCGUUUCACAGCUUUACACUGGAUUCUGUUGGAGGAACCCAAGCCGCCACAACUUCCAUUACCACUGAUUGAAGAUGUGUUAGUAAGCCCAGGGUACCUUUCAUCACAAGAUCCAAGCACAUAUUUUAGGCGAUCACUUGUUCUGUCCCAGCAGAAGAUAACCCAGAUAGCCUUCAUGACAACCGGGCAGAGGGAAAACUCCCUUUGGGCAGCCGCCAGAAAGCUCCGAUUCACUGCCUCCAACUUUGGACAAAUAAUUGCUGCUUCCAAACGCAAUCGAUUAUGUGCAUCCCUGAAGAAACGGCUACUGAGCGCCUACAAUCUUCAGAAGAGGGCGCCUAUCCAGUGGGGAAUAACUCAGGAGAAAAAUAGGUUAGAUGCAUAUUGCAGAACUGGAGGGGUGACAUUGGUACAAACUGGCAAUUGGCUUCAUGAAUCAGGCAUCCUUGGGGCUUCACCUGACGGGUUUGUUCAAGGCGAUUAUUGUGGCCGCGUUCACCUCCAAGAUAAGGAACAGCCAGUAAUGUCACCAGACAUCAUCGAGGUGAAGUGCCCUUUCUCUGCCAAGGACAUGACUAUUACGGAGGCAUGUCAUUCAAACAAAGACUUCUACCUAGACCUAUCUCCAGAUGGCAGGAUGUGCUUGAAACGCUCACAUGACUACUGGCACCAAAUUCAGGGACAGCUUCAUAUUUCUGGCACUCAGUGUUGUGAUUUGGUUGUUUGGACAACGAAAGACAUGGAAAUUGUUAGAAUAUUAAAAGACAAUUCUUGGGCAAUUAAUAUGUCUUCUAUGAUUGAUUUUUACAUGUUGACAUUUUUACCAUCUCUUAAAUGAAGAUAUACUUUAUUGAGUUUAUUUUCUUCAUGAAAAUGAUGAAUGUACUAAUGUAAUAGCUGACACUGAAAAUGGACCAUUGUCAGAGCUUGACACUGCCAUUAUAAAAGAUUUAGUAGUCUGUAUCACAUUCAAUGUUAACUAUCAAACACUGCUUUAACAAACUUCUGUCAUCUUUGAAAACUAUUUUAAAGUUUGAAAAUUUGUUAAUUGAAUCAAUUAUUUUAAACAAAAGGGAAGUCCUGCGAUCAUUACAGAAACUCUUUUUGUAUAAAAAAAGCCGGAUCACAUGGCGUAUGCACAAUUGACCUCAAUUCUCGUUUUAAAUUUGACCUUAUGCACAGAAAUUUGGUGUGUUAUAUUUGUUUGUCAUAAAUAUAAUACCGUUUUUUUUAAAUUUCAUACAGGUGGUGUUUGAUUAUCAUGCACAGGACACAAACUGAAGUAAAAGAAAGAUCUUUUCAUUUAGUUGUUUACUGUUUCACUCCAAAAUCUCAUAUUUAUCAGCAAUUUCCUUCAA